UUAAAGGUAAUACCUAAGUGGUGACGUUUCUUACAGAGCGGAAGCUCUGGAGAUUCUGUGCUUUCUGCCGGUAGCAAUCCGUUCUGUAAUUGUUCAGUGGUUUUCUGUUACUCUACCGGGGUCGGAGCUCAGGCAGUGGGGGUCGCCAGGGGCAUAAGCCGCGAGGAGGCCAGAAGACCCCCUUUUGGGGGAGUGUUUACACGAGGGGUGGUGUGUAACUAAAGACAGCCAAGAUGGUUUUGGCAGACCUUGGACGGAAGAUCACGUCAGCUUUGCGCUCUUUGAGCAAUGCAACAAUUAUCAAUGAAGAGGUGCUUGGCGCCAUGCUCAAAGAGGUCUGCACAGCUUUGCUGGAAGCAGAUGUGAACAUAAAGCUUGUGAAACAACUACGAGAAAAUGUCAAGUCUGCUAUUGAUUUAGAGGAAAUGGCAUCUGGUCUAAAUAAGAGGAAGAUGAUUCAACAUGCGGUCUUCAAAGAACUCGUAAAGCUAGUAGAUCCUGGGGUAAAAGCCUGGACUCCAACUAAAGGAAAGCAGAAUGUCAUUAUGUUUGUGGGCUUACAAGGUAGUGGAAAAACAACUACAUGUUCAAAGUUGGCCUAUUAUUAUCAAAGAAAAGGCUGGAAGACAUGUUUGAUAUGCGCUGAUACAUUCAGAGCAGGAGCCUUUGACCAGUUGAAACAGAAUGCCACUAAGGCUAGAAUACCUUUCUACGGCAGUUACACAGAAAUGGACCCAGUUAACAUUGCUUCCGAAGGUGUGGAGAAGUUUAAAAAUGAGAACUUUGAGAUCAUUAUUGUGGACACAAGUGGAAGACACAAACAAGAGGAUUCUCUCUUUGAGGAAAUGCUUCAAGUUUCUAAUGCAAUACAACCAGACAACAUUGUGUAUGUUAUGGAUGCCUCAAUUGGACAAGCUUGUGAAGCUCAGGCCAAAGCUUUCAAAGACAAAGUGGAUGUAGCUUCAGUAAUUGUGACCAAGUUAGACGGUCAUGCGAAAGGAGGAGGAGCCCUUAGUGCUGUCGCUGCUACAAAGAGUCCUAUAAUUUUUAUUGGUACAGGAGAACACAUAGAUGACUUUGAACCCUUCAAAACACAGCCAUUCAUUAGCAAACUAUUGGGAAUGGGUGACAUUGAGGGAUUGAUAGAUAAAGUGAACGAGUUAAAACUGGAUGAUAAUGAAGCUCUCAUAGAGAAACUGAAACACGGUCAAUUUACUUUAAGAGAUAUGUAUGAGCAGUUUCAAAAUAUCAUGAAAAUGGGUCCCUUUAGCCAGAUAUUGGGUAUGAUACCUGGAUUUGGGCAGGAUUUUAUGAGCAAGGGUAAUGAACAGGAAUCUAUGGCUCGAUUAAAGAAAUUAAUGACAAUAAUGGACAGCAUGAAUGACCAAGAGCUAGACAACACAGAUGGUGCAAAACUGUUCAGCAAGCAGCCUGGGAGAAUUCAGAGAGUGGCCAGGGGCUCUGGUGUCUCAACCAGAGAUGUGCAGGAACUUCUAGCACAAUACACUAAGUUUGCACAAAUGGUUAAAAAGAUGGGUGGAAUUAAAGGUCUUUUCAAAGGUGGUGAUAUGUCUAAGAAUGUAAACCCAUCACAAAUGGCAAAAUUGAACCAGCAAAUGGCCAAAAUGAUGGACCCAAGAGUGCUGCAACACAUGGUUUGUGACUUCAUGGGAGAGAAGAUUGCUUCUGUUCUGGGUGUCAGUACACCUAAGUACCAGUAUGCUAUUGAUGAAUAUUAUCGCAUGCAAAAAGAGGUGGAUGAAGAGGAGGAAGAGAAUGAGAUGUCCAGACAAGCAGAGAAACAGUACCAGGAGCAAUUAAGCCAACAGCAGAAUGAAACCAAUGCAGAAACGCAGCAACCUGAAGUGCCCAGCUCCUUUGUUAACAUCAGUUUUGUCAUGGAGGGAGAGGAUUCAGCCAGUUUGUCACAGAAGCAGGAACUGUCUGCUGUUCCCACCUAAGAGACUACCCCGUGUUUGGGCUGAAUGGGAAACACCUCCUGCCAGAAUUCAAAUGGUGCCUUCCUAACAGACUUGCUCAGCAGUAUGAAACAGUGCAAAUCAUCUUUCUAACAGAUUAAACUAACAUCAUUAGCUUAGCCAAGUUGUUUCUACCAUUCAGAUCUCUUUAAAAUGACUGUGGGUUUCAGGAAACUUCUAAAAUCGCCAAAGUGUUAAUAUUAUUUUAUUAAAAUGAUAUAGAAUGUUACUGAUUUAUAGUGCAAGAUCAGUCCUAGGGUGAUUUUUGUGUUCUGUUAAGGUAGUCUAUUUGUUUUUAUUGUUUAACCCCUUAACGACCUUAUAUACCGUCCUAAAUGCACUGGGCUUUAAAGCCCUUAGGGCAGCAUAGAACGUCAUAGCCAUUUGGCUGUACUAAAGCCAAAGGCUCUUCCUAAAUGAGAUCACAGAUGGGAGGGUGUGUCUAGCAUCAUAGGCACUCCCCCUUGACCCAAUCCAGUCAUUGAAAUCAUGAACGAUUGUGCGAUUUCAGUUUUUUACUUAUUUGUUUACAUCAAAACUUUGUUCCGAUGAAGGCAAAUAAGUAUGGGCAGGAAGGGGUCAAAGAUAGAUCAUGCUGUUACUACCCAUUACCCAACUUCGCACAAUCAACUUUUGUUAUAUUAAUAUACUUUCUAACCUCUGCCUUUUCUAAGCCCCUGCAGGCCACCUCUUAUCCCUGUGCAUUUUAUUAGCUUUUCACAGCCAGAUAGUGCUAGUUCAUGUGUGCCAUAGAAAGACCGUGCUCACUUCCAUUGAGUUAUGCAUGAACCAGCACUAGUUGGCUGAAAUUCAAGUUUUUAAAAAGCACUAAGAUAAGGGGCAGUCUCCAGAGGCUUAGAUACAGAUAACCAUAGUUACCAAGUAAAAAGUAUAUAUAUAACCGUAUUGGUUAUUAAAAAAAACUGGGGAAUGGGUAAUGAAGGGAUUAUCUAUCUUUUUAACAAAAAACAUUUUCAAGUAGACUGUCCCUUUAAUGGUCUUGAAUUGUGCAUCCAUUGUAAGUUAACAUGUUAUUUUCAGUCAACCAACAAUAUGUAUUGUAUACAGAUCCAUACUUUACAUUUGUGUGUAAUGUAGGAAGGGGUCAUAUUGGGUAUUUAUUAUGUUUUUUAGUAUAUAUUUAUUACCAUUGUAAACCUGGAAACGCCUCCUCUAGAUUCAAAAUGAAUACAAAGAAAAAUAUAUAAGAAAUAUCAUAUCUCUUGUGGCAGAUUUGAUAUAGAAGUCCAGAUCUUAGUGAAUCAGUUUAUAAACAGGAACAUUUUAUAGCUAAUGAAUGUAGAAAGCUAUGACUUUUGUUUUUACCUAAAUCUAGUCAUCUACUGUUAUAUUACAUGUACAGAACAGUAGCCUGGAAACUAGUGUUAUAAAAAUGGCCAAUAUCAUUCCUUUACAAUAAAAAAAAAUUACAUAUUUUAAGACCGGGUUCUUCAAACUUUUCUUCCCAAGACCCAGUGCAAUGAUACUACAUCCCUUUUGAGACCCUAUGUCUGAAAAUGUUUGAAGCAAUAUACAAGGUGGCUGACAUUUUUGGUAAAGUGAGUAAAAUGUGUGCAUUCUUUAUACCUGAUUGUAGUCAAACCUGAAAGUGUAGCAAAAUGUAAUUACACACACGCAUAUAACACACACACACACAAUUUCAAUUACAUAUACCACAAACACUCUCCUAUUACACAUACACACACGCAUAUAACACACACACACACACACUCUCAUAUUACACAUACACACAUGCAUAUAACACACACACACACAAUCUCAUUACAUAUACCACUAACACUCUCCUAUUACACAUACACACACGCAUAUAACACACACACACAAUUUCAAUUACAUAUACCACAAACACUCUCCUAUUACACAUACACACACGCAUAUAACACACACACACAAUCUCAUUACAUAUACCACUAACACUCUCCUAUUACACAUACACACACGCAUAUAACACACACACACACACACUCUCAUAUUACACAUACACACACGCAUAUAACACACACACACACACUCUCAUAUUACACAUACACACGCGCAUAUAACACACACACACACAAUCUCAUUACAUAUACCACUAACACUCUCAUAUUACACAUACACACACCACACACACAUACAAGCCACAACCCAGUAAACAUGGUGUUGCGACCCUGUAAUGGUCCUGACCCGUGGUUUGAGGAACCCCCUAAUUUAAGAGACAUUUCAAAUUGGUUUUAUUAUCUAUUUUACUUUGUCUUGGAAUCUUUUUUUGUUGUUGAAAAUCAUACCUUGGUAGCACUGCACUACUGUGAGCUAGCUGCUGAUUUGUGGCUUCACACAUAUGCCUCUUGCCAUUGGUUCACCUGAUGUGUUCAGCUAGCCCCCCAGUAGUGAAUUGCGACUCUGGAGCUGACUUUGCAGAAGUUAUAUGUAAUGAAUAAUGAAAUGUGUUAACAGCGUUUUCUUUUUUGCCCUUAAAGGGAUAUGAAGCCCAAGUUUUUUCUUUCAUGAUUCAGAUAGAGCAGGCAAUUUUAAGCAACUUUCUAAUUUACUCCUAUUAUCAAAUUUUCUUUGUUUUUUUGGUAUCUUUAUUUUAAAAAUCAGGAAUGCAAGCUUAGGACCCAGCCUAUUUUGAUUCAGCACCCUGGGUAGCUCUUGCUGAUUGGUGACUACUUUGAGCCAAAAUGGGCCGGCGCCUAAGUUUUAUAUUCCUGCUUUUCAAAUAAAGAUACCAAGAGAACAAAUAAACAACGGAUAAUAGGAGUAAAUUAGAAAGUUGCUUAAAACUGCAUGCUCUAUCUGAAUCAUGAAAGAAAAAAUUGGGUUUCAUAUCCCUUUUUAAAAUAAAAGCAACAAAAGAAAACCAAAAAAAUUAAUAAAUUUGGGAUUAUUAAAGGGAUAGUCUAGUCAAAAUUAAACUCAUGAUUCAGAUAGAGGAUGCAAUCUUAAGCAACAUUCUAAUUUAAUCCUAUUAUCAAUUUUUCUUCGUUCUCUUGGUAUCUUUAUUUUAAAAAGCUGGAAAGUAAGCUUAGGAGCUGGCCCAUUUUUGGUUCAGCACCCUUGGUAGCGCUUGCUAAUUUGUGGCUUCAUUUAGACACCAAUCAGCAAGUGCUACCCAGGUGCUGAAACAAUUCCAGAUUUUUAAAAUAAAGAUACCCAGAGAACAAAGAAAAUGUGAUAUUAGUACAUUUGAAAGCUGCUUAAAAUUGCAUGCUGUAUCUGAAUCAUGAAAAUUUAUUUUUGGCUAGACUAUCCCUUUAAGUGUGUAAUGGUUUCCAAUAGACGUUUCUCACCAAUGUUAAAGAUGUAAAAAAAAAAAAAAGGGAAAUCUGUGUGUUGAUUUUGCAUUAAUUUAUUACACGUUUUAUAAUAGCUAGUAAUAGUUUAUACGUAUGUGAAUUUAUUUUAAUUUUAAAAAUGACAACAGCAUUUGGUUAAUUACAGCCUUGUAUUAAAGUAAAAGUGCAGCAAGCAAAUAUCUGAAUUUGCAUGGAUAAUUAUAUCUAUAAACUCAGCGCUCUAUGCUAAUUACCACACAGUUACUAAGGUUAGGUGCCCUAGUUCACCUCAAAUUUAAGCAAGUAUAAGGUAUAUACAAAGGAGCGCCAAUAGGCGGUGGUAUCUACAAGAAUAGGUAGAUGUAAUAUGAAUCAAGUGUGAUGUGUAUAUAUACUAAAAUGGAUAACCUAAAGUCUAAAAUAUAUAUAACAUAUGUCUAUUUAUACAAAUAAAAGUAUAUAAAAACAUUACAUGGAUCCAUGUAUCAAACAAACAUACUAUAUACAGAAAGAGAACAGUAGAGUAGAAUCUCUUAACAUCUCUGGCUGAGAAAAGUCUAAAAUAGAACACCUCCAAAGAUGGAGAUAAUAUAGGAAAAGUUCAUCCGAUGGUGAUAAAUAAUGUCAAAAUAAUUGUAUAUACCUGGUGUGCCAGUCCAGUGUGAGUGUGAAGGGUAUCCAAAAAGGAAAAAAAAAAUCCAAUAAGUUGAAAAAAUAAAAAGAACCGUUAAGAAUGUAUAUAUAUAUAAAAAGGGAAAAAUAUAAAAAUUAUAUAUACACUCCUAUAUGAUGUGAAACAGAAGAAAGAGAGGGGCGCCUCAUGUGUAGAAUCACCAAAUCAAAAAAGCCAAAGCGUAUGCACUUAUUCCACGUGUACCUGUGGGGGGAAAAUGCAGAUAGUGCAAUCAAGACUGUUGCAUGGAUAUUUGUGUUGCACUUUUUUUAUAAUACAUACGGCACCGAAAUUAUCAAAAUGCUGCAACUUGCUGCUAUUUUUGGCAUUUGUUUCACUGACAAAUGCAGAAUUACAAAUAAAUCCACAUACCUAACAGUUUGAUUGCUGGCUCACUUAUGUAACUGCAGAAUAUACGUACUGCACUUUAUCAGCAUGACAUAUUUGUGUUGCUGUGACAAAAAUGUUAAAUGUAUGAUUAUACCGGACUUUAAAAGCAAAUAUAAUUAUAACAUGUUUAAUACCAAACUAAACAAAUGAUUUGUCUUGUGUAAAUAAAAGUUAUUCUACUUUUA